AUGCGUAGACAAGGACAGCCAGGUGAUGUGGAGGAGGAGUCAUGCAGCGAGGAUGAUGGGAGUGUCGGUUUGGUUGAAGGGAUUGGUGAAGUGGAUGAGGAGGGACGGGAUGAUCGUGAUGCCGUGACAUAUGGUGGGGCGCUGGUCGAGGUGUUUGGUAGGGAUCCCGGAACUGCCGGUGAUCAGGGAGGAGCUGAACGGUUGGAACAAAAUGGUGGGAGCGGAUUGGAAGGGAUGGAAGGUCAGCAGGGGUUGAGAGGGCAGCAGAGGAUGGGAGGGCAGCAGGGGUUGGGAGGGCAGCAGGGGUUGGGAGGGCAGCAGGGGUUGGGAGGGCAGCAGGGGUUGGGAGGGCAGCAGGGGUUGGGAGGGCAGCGGGGGUUGGGAGGGCAGCAGGGGUUGGGAGGGCAGCGGGGGUUGGGAGGGCAGCAGGGGUUGGGAGGGCAGCAGGGGUUGGGAAGGCAGCAGGGGAUGGGAGGGCAGCAGGGGAUGGCAAGGCAGCAUGGGAUGACAGGGGAGCAGGGGUUGGGAGGGCAGCAAGGGAUGGGAGGGCAGCAGGGGUUGGGGGGGCAGCAGGGGUUGGGAGCGCAGCAUGGGAUGACAGGGCAGCAUGGGAUGACAGGGGAGCAGGGGUUGGGAGGGCAGCAGGGGAUGGGAGGGCAGCAGGGGUUGGGGGGGCAGCAGGGGUUGGGAGGGCAGCAGGGGAUGGCAAGGCAGCAUGGGAUGACAGGGCAGCAGGGGAGCGGCGGACAGGCGGGGUUGGGAGGGCAGCAGGGGUUGGGAGGGCAGCAUAGGAUGGGAGGGCAGCAGGAUACGAGAGGCCAACUUGGGUCCCAGGAUGCGUUACAAGGGCAAUUUGGGUACGUUCAAGCCCUUAACCAACGAUGGGGACGCGUGGGAAUGCCAAUGCAUGGGAAUGUUGCAGGUCUGGAGCAACGUUGGAGCCAUGUGGGCAUGCCAUUGCAACGAGAGGUCGAGGGGUCGGCGUCUGGUAUGCACAACAGGUCGUCGUGCCAACAGGGAUACGAGAACAGCAACAGCUCUUUGCAGUAG